CCUGUCCAGUGUUCUGCCCCCUCCCCGCCCCCAGCAGUAGGAGCGCAGUGCUGCCCGCUUGCGCAGUGUCCCCGUCCCCAUCACACUGACGUCUCUUCCUGCCUUUAUAAGGCGGCGCUGCAGUCAGUGAGCCGGCAUAAGGAGGAGAGGAGGGGGGAGGUAAAGGACACAUAGGGCAACAACAACAAGGAGCCACCAAGGAUACAUGUGCUCCCCCAGCCCGAGGACAGUAACACAAGCCCAGAGCCUCCCGCCGGGCUGCUCCAUGUAACACUGUAACGAAGCUUCUCCUGUAGUAACACAGUGAUCACACACUACGUGCAGAGACCCCCCUACCCUGAGCUCCAUCUAGUCUUAGCCGUUCCGUGCACUGAGGUGUCAAUGGGGGAUUACGGGUUCGGGUUACUGCAGACUGCCGGGAGCGGCGCUGCCAGCGGCGGGGGCACCGGCUUGUUCGGUGGGGGAGCGUUCCGGAGCAGCCAGCAGUUCCCGUCGUCGGCAGCGGGCAGCGCCCUGUUCUUGCCCGGUUACCCGCAGGUCAUGCAGGAUGAGCUGCUGCUGGGGGUGAGCUGUGCCCCCGGUAAGCCCAGCAAGAACAACGGGCAUCCUCACCAGGUGUCUCCGCCCGCCCUGCUGCUGCAGCACGGUGCCCAGGACAAGCAGCUGGGGCACAAGAGGAAGGACUUCAGCCCCCAGGAGAGCUCGGCGUACAGGGAGGAGCUGAAGAAGCCCGGGGAGGUGAACCAUCGCCAGGGAUCUCCCAAAUCCGAGGAUCUGGGUGUGGAGGGUCCUGACAAGCUGCUGCCAGCCUCCCCGUCCUCAUCCUCCUCUUCCUCCUCCAGUUCUUGUUCUGCAGAGGAGGUGGCCGCUGCCAGUGCCGCUGGAGACCCCCAUGUGGCAGGAUCUCCCACGUCUCUUGGUGGUCACCAGCUGCCAGCCAAGAACAAGCUCCAGAUGGACGGCCAGAGCGGGCACCUACUGAGCGGGGGCACCAACCUGCUGGGCAGCCCCUUCCCCGGAUCUCCCGACCUGGCCAGCACCCAGAGCCCCGGAGGAUCAAGCUCUUCUCCUUCCUUGCCCGGGUUUGGUACCCCCUGGUCUGUGCAGACCUCAUCCCCUCCACCAGCUGCACCAUCCCAGCACCCCCAGCAGCCAGCUGCGCCCCACCCUGCUGCCGGGCACAACCUGAAUGCCCUGCAGAGCCCCGAGCCUGACAGCUUCUACCCUGGCAUCCCUUCCUCCAUCAACCCGGCUUUCUUCCACAGCUUCUCCCCUGUGUCUGCCAACCCUUGCCCUGGCAUGAACGUCCCUGGAUUCAGCAGCCCCUUCUCGGCUCAGAUGAACAUCAGCCAGCAGCAGCAGCAGAGCAGGAGGUCCCCGGUCAGCCCCCAGAUGAACCCCCAACACCACCACCAGGCUGCUGCCUACCUCCAGCAGAGAAACAACUACAACCACCAUCAGCCUAUGGUCAAGCAGUCUCCGUGGAGCAGCCACCAAGGCAGCGGCUGGAACACAGGCAGCAUGUCCUGGGGAGGGAUGCACGGCAGAGAUCGUCGCACUGCUAAUAUGGGAAUCCCUGGCACCAUGAGCCAAAUCUCCCCCCUAAAGAAGCCCUAUUCUGGCAAUGUCAUCGCCCCACCUAAAUUCACGCGGUCCACACCAUCCCUCAAUCCCAAGUCUUGGAUCGAUGACAACGUGUUUAGGACGGACAACAACAGCAACUCUCUCUUACCCUUACAGGUAAGAAUGGAUCGCAGCCGAAUGUAUGACAGCUUGAAUAUGCACUCGUUGGAAAACUCCCUCAUUGAAAUAAUGAGAGCGGAACAUGAUCCCCUAAAAGGUCGUCUGAACUACCCCCAUCCAGGAACGGACAGCCUUCUCAUGCUGAAUGCAAGGAGUUAUGGGAGAAGACGAGGUCGUUCUUCUCUCUUUCCCAUAGAUGAUGGUUUGCUGGACGAUGGGCACAAUGACCAGGUCGGGGUUCUCAAUUCACCCAACUGCUACUCUGGGCAUCAGAAUGGAGAGCGUAUUGAACGCUUUUCAAGGAAGGUGUUUGUUGGUGGGCUUCCACCCGAUAUAGAUGAAGAUGAGAUCACUGCCAGUUUCCGUCGCUUUGGCCCCCUGGUGGUAGAUUGGCCCCACAAAGCAGAAAGCAAAUCGUACUUUCCACCAAAAGGUUACGCAUUUCUUCUCUUUCAAGAAGAAAGCUCAGUUCAAGCACUCAUUGAAGCCUGCAUUGAAGAAGACUCUAAACUUUAUCUGUGCGUUUCUAGCCCCACCAUCAAGGACAAGCCAGUUCAGAUUCGUCCCUGGAAUUUGAGUGACAGCGACUUUGUGAUGGACGGAUCUCAGCCACUUGAUCCCCGAAAGACCAUCUUUGUGGGAGGAGUCCCCAGACCGCUAAGAGCAGUGGAGCUGGCUAUGAUCAUGGAUCGCCUCUACGGGGGAGUCUGCUAUGCAGGAAUUGAUACAGAUCCGGAACUGAAGUAUCCAAAAGGUGCCGGGCGCGUUGCAUUCUCGAACCAACAGAGCUACAUUGCAGCCAUCAGUGCUAGAUUUGUGCAACUUCAGCAUGGCGAUAUUGAUAAAAGGGUGGAGGUGAAGCCAUACGUGUUGGAUGACCAGAUGUGCGAUGAAUGCCAGGGAGCCCGUUGCAGUGGGAAAUUUGCUCCGUUUUUCUGUGCCAAUGUCACAUGCCUGCAGUAUUACUGUGAGUUUUGUUGGGCGAACAUCCACUCUCGCGCUGGCCGGGAAUUCCACAAGCCGCUGGUGAAGGAAGGAGCCGACCGGCCACGUCAGAUCCACUUCCGCUGGAACUAAAACAUCGCUUACCUACCACUCACUGAGAGAAGGGUGCAUGCGGCUUACUGUGUUUCAAGAUACUGACCUGCAGAAGAAAUAAGUGCAUUCUUCUGCUUUUCACCCCAGUCCUCUACACAUGCAUCUGUAUCAGCAGCCAAAACACUAAAAGCCUCUUGUUUUUUCACCAAAACCCCACAUCUCAGGCUUACUAAUUCUUUGUGAUCUUUUUUAUGUUCAAUUUUUUUUAUAUAUAUUUUUUUUCCAAGUUCUUUUAUAUGUAAUGCUGAAAUUAGAUAUGGGAAUGUUCUGCAUAGGGGCGACACAGUCUGCUGCUAUAUAUAAAUAUAUAUAUAUAUAUAUAUCUAUAUAGAUGAAGUGUGCACUUAUUUCUAGACAUGGAUUUUUAACUUAAAAAUCAGCCCCAGUUAUUUACCAAAGGUAGCAAUUAAUAGUAAAAAAAAAAAAAAAAGGAAAAUGUCUGCUACUAAAAGAUUAUUUUUAUUGUUGAUAUUUUAAGUGUGUAUGUAAAUUUAAAAAAAAAAAUAUAGGGUUGAUUUUUUUUGCUCUCCAUUUUGACUUGCGAGAAAUAAUACCUCAGAUAAUCUGAUUUUUAUUAGCUAUUUUUAAACAUUUUUAAUCAUAAGCUGUAUUAGCUUUGCUGCUAUAUAGGUGUUGUGUGUAAUGCCACCUAUUUAUACAGGAUUGAAAAGUUUUCAAAAUCUGCAUUGCAGAAAAAAAAGGCAGGCAGCACAAUAUGGCCGAAACUGCCAUAGUUUUAGAAUGUGAAAUAUGCAUGUUUACCUACCUGUCUACACCAUAUGCAUGCACUGGAACUAUUAACUAACCACAAAUACGGUAUUGCAGAUAAUAAAAAUAAAAAUAAAACUUAAAAAAUUUAAAAAGCUCUUUUGAAACUAGGUACAGUAGCAUGAGCGAAAUUACACAAUUUUGUAAGUAAGAAAAAAAAAGCAUAUUUGCAUGAAUUGUGACUCAAGUAAAACAGAUGUCCUUAAAUGUGUACAAUAUGAAAAAAUUUGUUUUAGAAUAGUAAGUGCAGCCAUUUUUGUGUCCUGGUCAGUAGUGGACUUCAAUUUACAAGGAUUGGGUGUAAUAUUGUAAUCCCCGUGCAAUAGUCGUGGUGUGUGAUUCUGAAUCUUGUGACGUGAAGUAGCAUAGAGAAAAAAAAAACUGGAAAAAUUUGAAAUUAUAUUUGAAAAAAAAAAAAAAAUUACAUAAUUUUCUCUGCCCAAUUUUCAAAUUUCACGGUUUAAAACUAUCUUUAAAUGUAAAAACCAAAGAUGGCCAGCACACUUGUAAUCAGCCACCAAAUGUAUAACGCCCCCCUAGCUAUUUAUUAACGCCUACUAGUUACAAAUAAUAUUACUAUUAAUAAUAAUAAUACAAAGAAACGCUUGACGCUUUAGAGUAAAAACUAGAAGUCAAAAUGGAGACGACUAAUACAGACGGCUAGUUGCAUACGACGCCCCUUCUACCUUCAAGACAACAGUGACGUUUGGCUAAGACAGAAUUUUAUAAUUGGUUUCCCUGUACAUUUGUUUUUGUUUUUUUUUAAUAUUUUUAUUAAGGCUGCUAUUUUUUAUUUUUUUUAUUCAUAAAAAAUAUAUCUAUUUAUUUAAAAAAACAAAAAAAAAAUAGCCAAUGGUCAAGAAAAUUUGUUUUGGCUAGGAAUAAUAUUUAACACCAUUAUGAUAUUUUAAGAUAUUUUAAAUUCAGCCAUGGGGUAAUGCAACUAGCCAAGAAAUAAAAAUACAAAAUUCAGUACAAAAAGUCAUUUAGAUUCACUCCACAAAAAUACAGAUUUAACACAGAAAGAGUUUAAGAAAAUGGGAUAAAACCCACGGGACAAUCUUCUGUGUAGGAAAGAAAAAGAAAAAAAAUGACGGUCUUACCGGUUGUCAACAGCGUGCUUUUUUGUACUGUACAACAUGUGACUUGUCUCACCUUGCUGUUCUUACGUGGUUGUAGUUCACGUUUUAAAUGUUUGAGAAUUGUUGCUGUUCUGAAGAGUACUUCUUUCUAAUUUAUUUAUGUACCCUUAAUGUAACUUAAUAUGAUCUGUCCUGUUCCCCAGGUCUUCACUCUUAAUAGUAUUUUAUCAACCUUCACCCUUCUUUCCGCCUACCCCCACCCCAACGAUCCCAAUUUUAUUAUGCACUAUAUUUUAUAUUUCUGAAAGA